GAGGGCCAGGUCGGCAGGCGUCAGAACGAACAAACGGCGGGCGAAUUCACGCCGCGUCACCCCGGUUACUCUGAUGACGCCGCCGGAGCACGACACGGAGCACGGCACGGAGCACGGCACGGAGCACGACACGGAGCACGACACGGAGCACGGCACGGAGCACGACACGGAGCACGACACGGAGCACGGCACGGAGCACGGCGACCACGACUACGGCGACUACGGCCGGCUGGACGGCCUCGGCUGGAGUUGGGACGAAGCCGGAGACGGCGGACCGUUCUAUGGACCGGAGGGAGAGGGAUCGGAUGAGCCUCUCCGUACAGCCAGUCAGCUCUAUGAGGAGUCGAAGAAUGCCAGUUUGGCGGAGAUGUUGGAGGAAAUGUCGUCCUACUUCUGGGAAAAUAUCGUAGCUAACGGUCAUUUUCCGGAACAUUUGGCAACUGACGAGAUUGAUAACAUGCUUCAAUUUAUGGAAGACCUUUACAAGAUACUGCCGACUGCGCGGGAAAGAGUGGUCUCUGAGGCGCGGCUUCAUCUAGAGCCGGCGCUUACCGUGGAGCUACUCCAACUCCAGUAUCCCUACCUGGACUGGGAGCGGUACCUGUCGGGUGUGACGCGGCGGCCGGUGCGGGGAUCUGACCCUGUACACGUCCGGUACCCGCGGUACAUGCAGCAACUGGGGGACCUUCUGGACCGGUACCAUCCUAGCGUGGUCCAAAACGCCGUCCUGCUGCGCUUCAGGACUGUGUUCCUGGCGGAGAUGGUGGACUCCCUGGUCAGUGCCGACACCAGCCUGCCGGCCGGCCAGCAGCUCUGUGUCUCCCUCACAAAGGAGGCAUUCCCGGUGGCGGUAGCCGCUCUGUACGUCAGAAAUGUCGGCAAACAGAGGGUCGAUCUGCUCAGAGAAAAGGUGAGCUCAAUCCUGGAGGAGAUUCGCUCCGAGCUGCUGCGCUCCAUCGAGCUGAAGAUGGCAGCGAGUAACGCCACACGCACCGCGUCUGACCGGCUCCUAACGCUGGCUCAGGACAAGAUCGCGGCCACUCGCACCUACCUGCUGGCGCCGGAGAACCUGUGGAACGACACAUUCGUGAACGUGAACACGCCGCCCGUCUCCAGACUCUGGAAAACGUCACCUCAGUCUCCAAGGGUGUUGGUGCGGCCUGGAUCCAAGAUGCUGCUGGACCUCUUCAGAGGCCUGAGACGGGCUCAAGUAAAACUGUUAAAGUUGACGCUUCGAGAGAUGGCAUCUACAGACCCUUUGAGGUGGCCGACGGAGGUGGAGCCUCACACGGCCAACGCCUUCCACCUCCCUGCCAGAAACGCCGUCGGAGUGCCACUGGCGCUGCUGACGGAGCCGUUCUUUCACGGAGACGUUCCCGAGUACGUCCAGUUUGCCGUGCUGGGCGUGGUGAUGGCGCACGAGCUACUGCACGGCAUCGACAGCACAGGUCUCAGUUUUGACGAGACGGGUGCUGCGCGCCACCUACCAGCGGCACUUCAGCAAACGGCGGACGAAAAAUUCCAGUGCAUACGGACAGAGUAUGUCACACCGCUGGUCAAAACGGCCAGCAGUGUCCACCAAUCUGUGGAUGUUCAGCUGGACGGUGACCUCACCCUGGGCGAGAACUCAGCCGACUUCAGCAGUCUCUCCCUGGCACUAUCAGCCUACCUUCGACGGCGAGCACGACUCGGGCCCGAGCCAGCCCUGCCUGGUGUCAACCUGACCACACAGCAGGCCUUCUUCAUGAGCUUCGCACAGGUGUACUGCGCUGACAUUGACGUCGACUCUUACGCGGCUCUGGUGGCAGCCAGCACCCACCCUCCGAACCCAGAGCGCGUGAACCGAAUGGCGCGACACACUGCUGAGUUCGCAGCCACGUUCAGCUGCCGCCCAGGGACACCCAUGAACCCGGAGACGCGCUGUGCUCCCCUUUGGUGAGAGUGGGGAGGUGUGAGAACUAAGUAGUGGUGAGAACUGAAGUGAGACAUGAUGCGAUGGGGUAGCAACUUGCGGGCAAUGUACUUACACUAGUGUAUAGUAUACAUAACUAUACUAUGCAUGCAUGCAUAUUUUGCGAGUACACAUAGAGUUGUGAGAGGUGAGCUUUGGUAUGCAAAUCUGGUGAGCUCUAGUGUGACAAGGCUUUGGGCUUUACAUAACUAAGCUGUGGUUGAGAUAUUCUUUGGUAAUAAGCCUUGAAAUAUAAGCCGUUAUCACACUGUGGACGAUGAAUAUUGUUUGCGUUGUAAUUUUAUGACUAGGCAUAGAUCACUAUAUACCUAGUCACUAGUGGUAUAUAGUGGUCUAUGCCUAUGGACUAGGUUAUGUUUCGGAGUGUUGAAUAUGCAGAUCAUCAUAAUCGAGCUGCGUAUGAUUGUUUUCUUUAUAAAUAAUGCUAUCUAUGAAGUCUAGCGUCCAUGACAUCUAUGACGUCUAUUUAUCUAUGACGUCCACCUAUAUGACGUCUUGCGUAGACGUCUUGCGAGUCCGUCUCGCGUUUUCACUCGAUCCGUCAAUCCUCAGUAUUGUGCGUCAGCUCAAAUGUUGUGUUCUUCCUGUGCCAUGGCACGCAUGACAAAACGAAUAUAUCUGGCAAGGA